AUGGUGAAAAAGAAUUUGAAAGGACGAGGAGACAAGUUGUCUGCCAAUGCUCCGCUUGAUAAUCAAUUGGAAGCUGGGAAUGUCGCGAAACAGCGCGAAGAGCUUCGUGAAAAACAAAAGAGGAAACGUGAGGAGUCGGAGACAGACGAGUUUGUUCCGAAUUCAUUGUCGUCUAAAAUUCUCAACGAAUCUCGUAAACAACUUCUGGAAGAAGCAAUAGAAGAGAAUGGGGAUGCUGACUCCUCCACUGCUCGUGUACCGAAGAGACAACGCGGAAGUUGGCUCGGAGGUGAUGAACAAUCGGAGGGGGAUGAAGAAGACAAUGAGGAUGAACAAGAAGAAGACAACGGAUUUGAAGAUCAAAUUAUUGAACUCGAUCCUCAGGAUGAGGCUGAUUUGGCAAGAUUCCUCAAGAAGGACGCAGCUCAAAUGUCGACUCUAUAUGAUAUCAUUCAAGCAAAAAUUGAAUCAAAGCAGAACGAUGCUGAAUUAGCGCUCAGUCAAGUUGAUCCUAAUGAAUUCAACAUGCGUGAUAUGGAUUCGGAAGUUGUAGAAAUGUACGAGCAGAUUGGGCAAUAUAUGUCAAAGUACCGAAGUGGAAAAGUUCCGAAAGCGUUCAAAAUCAUUCCAAAAAUGAUCAACUGGGAGCAGAUUCUUUUCCUUACGAAGCCAGAAACUUGGACAGCCGCUGCGAUGUAUCAAGCUACAAGACUUUUUGCUUCUAAUAUGAAUCCAAAAAUGUGCCAGAGAUUCUACACACUCGUUCUCCUUCCACGUCUUCGCGACGAUAUUGAUGAAUUCAAGAAAUUGAAUUAUCACCUUUAUCAGGCGCUCUGUAAAGCUAUUUACAAGCCAUCCGCUUUUUUCAAAGGAUUGAUUCUUCCAUUAUUAGAAGUAAGUUCUGUGCUCACUAAAGUUCCUAUUCCAAUUUUCCAUUCGGCCGCAGCCAUGCUGAAAAUUGCUGAGAUGGAAUACACCGGCGCCAAUUCGGUGUUUUUACGCGCUCUCAUUGACAAGAAAUACGCUCUUCCAUACCAAGCAGUUGAUGGUGUUGUGAAUCAUUUCAUUCGUCUGAAAACCGAUGAGCGAGACAUGCCAGUGUUGUGGCACCAGUGCUUGUUAGCGUUAUGCCAACGAUACAAAAAUGAUCUGAGCGCUGAGCAGAAGGCUGCGAUUCACGAACUGAUCAGAUUCCACGGUCACUAUCUCAUCUCUCCAGAAAUUCGUCGAGAACUCGAGUCUAAGGAGACUGAAGAUGGGCACAUCAUCACUUCUGUGGUUGUUGAAGGAAGAAAGACCGAUAGUAUGGAAUUCUGA